UUCUAUUGAUUCUCCUGGACACAAUGGAGGAGGACAGCUAAAAUGAUCAAGAGGAUCGAUGGAAAAUUAAUUGAGAUGAACCAAAAAAAAGUGACUUAAAUAUAUGAGGAGUCUAGAGGCAUCAAAUUUAUUGGGCCUCUGCAUAAUGUCAAAUACUAUAUAGGAGGCAUUAGGCCAGGCACUUAAUAUAUGCCUUCAUUUAAACCACAAUAGAAGGUAAAAGAUGCCUGCUUUCUGCAGCAUAUGUGGACAGCCACAAAUGGGAAGCAAGAGAAAGAGAACAUUGUCACCUUGCUGAUCUAGCAUCUUUGAUGGAUAAAACAUAUGAGAGAAAGUUGCCUGUUAGUUCUUUGACAAUAUCACGGUUUGUGGAUAACAUUUCUUCUCGUGAAGAGAUAGACCAUGCGGAGUAUUACCUUUACAAAUUUCGACACAGCCCCAACUGCUGGUACCUGAGAGACUGGACGAUCCACACCUGGAUUAGGCAGUGUCUAAAAUACGGUGCACAAGACAAAGCCUUAUACACCCUUGUAAAUAAGGUUCAAUAUGGAAUUUUUCCAGAUAACUUUACCUUCAAUUUACUGAUGGAUUAUUUCAUUAAAAAAGAAAACUACAAAGACGCAUUAUCCGUGGUUUUUGAGAUCAUGAUGCAAGAAGCCUUUGAAGUGCCUUCCACCCAACUUCUCUCUCUCGAUGUUUUAUACCAUUGCCUGGCAAAGAAGACAGACUUCAGUUGGGAAGAGGAGAAGAACUUUGGUGCAUCCCUACUGCUCCCAGGCCUAAAACAAGAGAACACUGUGGGUUUGAGUUCCCAGUUGUAUGGCUUUGCACUUCUGGGGAAGGUGGAAUUGCUUCAAGGGCUGCGGGCUGUAUACCACAACAUGCCUCUGAUGUGGAAACCAGGGUAUCUUGACAGAGCCCUUCAAGUGAUGGAGAAAGUGGCUGCCUCCCCACAAGACGUGAAGUUAUGUCAAGAAGCGCUCAAUGUCCUGGACACAGUGCUGCAGUCUCUGAUUUCUCCAGCUGAUGGGUCUUCAGAGGAACAGCCCCAAGGAGGUAAAGACAACCAGGGUUCAGAAGAACUGCUGGAGCAGUUAGAUAUAGAAGAAAUCGAACAGGCUAAGCUUCCCCAAUACCUGGAAAAAUUUAAGGCCUUACAUUCUAAGCUACAGGCUCUGGGCAAAGUUGAGUCAGGAAGCCUUUUGACUCUGACCACACAGCUUGUCAAGGAGAAGCUCCCCACCUGUGAAGCAGAGGACAUCACCAACUACGAGCAGAAACUGCAGCAGUGGAACCUGGAGCGGGUACAGUUGAUCCAGAGAGAACAGGAGCAGAGGGAGAAAGCAAAACAGGAGCAUCAGGCCCGGAGAGCUGCAAAGGCUUCUGCCUAACGUGGUCCCACAGGGUCCCAGCCCCUCCCACAAGCACUUCCUAGAGCCCAUCACAUGAUUCAGCACCCUCUGUCUUAAAGCAGGCCAUGUGGUGUGACAGCCAUGAUGUUCUACCUAGCAAGGCACUUGUGGGCUCUGAGGGAAUGACACACUGGGGCGAGGGUGCCAAAGGCCUUAUAUUGGCAGGACUUUGAAGCUGAGAACAGCGGGUAUGUUUGUCAGACCCAGCUAUGGUUUUGAUUACAGGGUCUUCGCAUUACACCUGAGCAUGUGACUUCUAGAGCUAUUCAGAAGCUGUCUCUAGGGACCAUCACAGCUACUGCCCUCCCAGACGCCAAGAAGGGCAGUGGAACCAUGAAAGUGGCAAGAGGUUAUAUUGGAGCAUAAGCUAACUACCUUAGAAGGGGCUCGAAGUGGGGAUCCCUGGGGCCAGGGAUCAAUUUUGGACGCUGAUAGUUCCUAAUACCUAGUGAUGGUGGUGGGAGAAGCUACGUGGCUGAAGAGUCAGGUCUCCAGCACAAACUUGUGAAUUUUUUCCCUCUCCCCAGUCCAGCAGCUCAGGCUGAAGUGAACUGCAUGUCCCGAGAUCUUGGACCCCUAGUCUCUUCUCUGGGGCAGGCACUCACCCCUGAGAGGGGAAGGGGAUGCACACAUUCCCACUUUUUCAUUUCCACUGUGCCUCACCCCUUCCAGACCUGAAACUGGGCUGCAUGCAGUUCAGUACAGGAGUGAACACAAGACCAUAAACCUACAUGAUUUCAAAUUUCAGGAACCCAAAGUGACAUAUUUAUAAUGUAAGGCUUUUGAAGAGAAAGCUAGCCUGAACUGUGAAGCCUCCUUGGUUUGGCUUCUUUAUCUUGUUGAGUGACUUUUUUUUCUCCAAAUCAUUGUCUUGGCUCCUUUAUCAGGUAGAUAAAAUGAGCCUUUUGUUUAUGCACACAUAGAUACACAAGUUGUGAAGACAAAUUUCAGUUAGGGAAGUUGGAGAAAAUGAGAGGGGUGAUGGGCAUGUAAUGAAGAGGAGGCAUGAAUAAUUGUAAAGCUGUCAGACUACAGAAAAUUCCUUGCUCAAGUUUCUCUUUUGUGAAAGGGGUAAGGGAGCAGCUUUUACUUGCUAUGUAAUUUUGCUUUUAAGUGUGAAGGUAUACUUUUAUUCUGAGUUGUGCUCUUGAAAGAACCUGUGGAAAUAAAUGUACUGGGAUUA